AAAUUUAAUCGUUGAUUUUUGUGAAAUUUUUUCAGUAAUUUAAGAGUUAAAAAUAUCUUCAAAUUUCAAGGAUAUUCCAGACUUUUAAAAGAAAUUAGAGAACUGAAGAUUGUGAAGAUUGUGUGUACGUGUUAGACAUGAUGCUGAUGUGAAGUGAAGAAAGUUUCUGUUAUUUUUGUUGUGAAAUGAAAUUAUCAUCAGUAAAGGACAUUGAAAAAGUGUAGAGCGUACAAAAAAACAGAGAAGAAAAGAAAGAAAAAACUUUUUUUUUGCAAAAGGAAAAACUCUUAAUUUUCUCCUCAUUUCAUUUCUAAGUGUUUGAUAAAAAAUUCAGCAAAAUUUAUUCGCCAACUCCAUUUGAAAGCGCGACCAAAGCGCUUAAACUAGAGGAGGACUUCUCUGGUGGAUGCAUGUCCAUGUCUAUGUAUCCGUCGGAUAAAAUGAAAAUGUCUGCUCCAGGAUGUUUUCCUGGACGGUACAGUCCAACUUAUCGAGGUCCCGAUCAAAUGAGAAGAUGCAUGACAAAUCCGUCGAGUCGAUUGCUUGAAGAUGCCUCAAUAAUGUGUAAUUCUUGGUCCCCUAGAACUAAUGGCGAUAUAUUUUCCGGCCUGAACGAUGGAUUACUGAGUCGAGCGGAAGCACUUGCAGCAGUAGACAUGCAAAAACAUCAGUCAAGUCAUGCCGCACAUCAACAAAUGACGCAGCAGCUAAAGCACGAUGUCAUGUAUCAUCAUAGUAUGGGAGCACCACAACGUCCACUCCAGACCAAAAAUAUGUUUCAGAUGCAUGGAAUGGAUAAUUUGGAUCUUAUGUCAGAUCCAUCUGGUUCAAUGACAACAUUAACGCCAAUGACAGAGACACCAAUAUCAUCAUCACAUCAUCAACUUCAUGGAUCUUAUCACAGCAUGAAUCAUAUGAUGAGUCAUCAUCAUCAUGGUGGACCAUUAAGUGGACAUACACCUGGUUCACAUCAUUCCGCCAUGGCUGCAGCAGUUGCCGCUGCAAGUCUCCAUCCCGACCAAGAUACCGAUCCAAGAGAACUCGAAGCAUUUGCUGAGAGGUUUAAGCAACGGAGGAUAAAAUUAGGUAAAUAUAAUUGUGUUACACAAGCCGAUGUGGGCAAAGCAUUAGCCAAUCUUAAAUUGCCAGGAGUUGGUGCUUUAUCGCAAAGUACAAUAUGUAGAUUUGAGAGUCUGACAUUAUCACAUAACAAUAUGAUAGCAUUAAAGCCAAUUCUUCAGGCAUGGCUGGAGGAAGCUGAGGCGCAAGCAAAAAAUAAACGACGUGAUCCAGAUGCGCCCAGCGUCUUGCCUCAUGGCGAGAAGAAAAGAAAAAGGACAUCCAUAGCGGCUCCAGAGAAGCGUUCUCUCGAAGCCUAUUUCGCCGUCCAACCACGUCCGUCAGGUGAGAAAAUUGCAGCAAUAGCUGAGAAAUUGGAUCUUAAGAAAAAUGUUGUACGUGUGUGGUUUUGUAAUCAACGUCAGAAACAAAAGCGAAUGAAAUUUGCAGCUCAACACUGACAACAACAAAUGGGCUUUGGUUUUGGUUAUUAGAAAUCUUUAAUUUUAACUUUGAUUUUAUGUUUUUAAAUUAAGUGCAAUAAAUUCAAUUAUAAGAAGAAGAAAAAAAAUUAUAAUAAUUAAUUUUAAAAGUUUAGUAAUGAAAAGCCCAAAAAGAAACAGAAACUGAACAGAAUAACAACAAAUAAGAACAAUUUUUACUUAACUGUGUAUAGAAUGAAUAUCAUCGACAAUUUGUUAAUUACAUUUUAAGGAUAAAUAAACAACUAAGUUAAGCUUAACGAAAGGAAAAUUCUCUUGACAACACAAUACGGCAAUAAAAACUACAAAUUAUGUAACUUCAAAUCUAGUCAAUCUUGUAUAGAAUUUAAUUACUUUCUUUUAUAAGUUUUCAUUCUGAAUGGAAAAAUGGGU